AUGACGAGCCCUUCCAGCGUGACGCCGACACCGUCGACCAGUGCCAAGACGACACUCGACUGUCGUGUCGACGCUACGGCUGCCAUCGAGGUUGACGUCGCCGACAAAGCAUCGAUGUGCCAUAUCUGGGCCCUUGGCGUCCUCACUGUCAUUGGCGGUCAGUUUUACGGCUGGAACGAAGCGCUAAGUACCGGCUUUGUACCCUACUUUGUGUCGCAAGUGCUCAUGGGCCUCGCCUUCAUUGCGUACAUGGCGUGUGCUUCUGAAGUCUGCGGCAAAAUUCAGUUUUCCGGCGGCGCGUACGGCCUCGCGCGCGUCACGCUCGGCUUCUACACCGGCUUCCUCGUCGGCUUUUUAGAGCUCCUCGAGUACGUCACGUACACGUCGGUCUCGGUGCUCUUCAUGUCGGACUUUAUGACGACAACGUACGGCGUGGAGAAGGCGUGGGAGCCGCUGCUCUGGGCUAUCUACUACGCGGUGACGACGAGCCUGAUCUUGCUCCGCGGCAAACAUUUUUGGCGCUUUUGUCUCGUCCUUGCCGCAGCGUGUGUGGUGCCACCCCUCGUCUAUUGCGUCGCCUCGAUUGGGCAUACUGACUUUGCAACAUAUGGACCGCUCCAAAUCGGCAACGCGUCCGAACAAGAGGUGUGGGUCACCGGCGACCUCGGCGCUGCCUACUUUGCGUGGCUGCCUUAUACCACGUGGGCGUACGCCGGGGUCGAGUGCCUCACACUGGUGACGAGCGUCACAAAAGAUGCCAAGACGUCGAUGCCCAAGGGCUUGAUGGCCGCCACCUACACGCUCUUCGUGUUCAACGUGGCGCUGGUGUGCAUCGUCUCGGCGCUGCCACCUGGUCUCGCGGCCACGGCAAGUGCCCAGUUCCCGCUCAACACUGGGUUCGAGCUCGGUCUGCACAUGUCGGCGCACGGGGCGUCGUGGCUCAUCAUGCCCGGUCAAUUUGGCAUGGCGUUUGGCUUCAUGAUGCCAUGCGCACGACUGGCGCAGGCGCUCGCCGACUCCAACUUGCUGCCGCUGCGUCUCGGAAUCAAGGGCCAGUCGACGCCGCGCCGGGCGCUGGUGCUGACGUCGACCAGCGGGUACCUCAUCUGCCUCGUCUCGUUCUACAGUCCUCUGUUUCUAAGUGCGCUUCAAAACAUUUCGAUUCUGGCGGCGGUGCUCUGCUACGGCGCGCAGAUCGGCGGCUUUGUCAUGCUCCGGACGCGGUACCGCACCGAGACAACAGGGUACGUCUCUCCGUUUGGAAUGCCCGGGGCCGUCUACGCGUGUGUGAUUUACAGCCUCUUGGGCAUCUCGAUCAUCGGCGGCUUUCAAGACGACAACGGCGUCGCCCUUGGCUCACUCAUCGCAUUUUUGAUGGUGCUCUCGCUCUAUUAUCAUUUUGUGUGCAAGAAGAUCCAGUCCAUCUCGAAAGACGAGUACAGCUCGAUUUUCCGCUUUAGCGUCAUGAAGUUCAACGCAGCACGGAAAAAGAAGACAACAAAUGGCGGCACCAAACACGGAGCGUCUAAAAACACCCAUCUCUCGGCGAACGGCCCCAAACCCAACGGGUGCUCCAACGGCCAUGGUGGCAGCGGCCGCACAUUCGGGCUAGGCGGCGCGACUCGUGGCAGUAGCAUCAAGUCGAUCGCGGUGCAGGCGGCCAAGGCAUGA